AUUGCAACCCAUGUGGAUUCAUCUGUAAAUUUGGCAUUUAAUUGAUGGGCCACCGUCUUCAUCUACCUCUUUCUUCUAUCCCCAGGCCCAGGCUCGUCCUCGUUGCUUUGCAUCUGCUUGCUUUCCUUCUUCUCUGAUCCACUAUUCACUUCCCUUGCAAACCAACAGACAUGGCCGGGGCUGUAGCAGGAGGAGGAGCACUUCUCUCGGCUUCUCUCCAAGUUCUAUUUGAUCGGAUGGCUUCUCGUGACGUCCUUACCGUCCUCCAGGGACAGAAACUCAGUGCUACGCUCCUAAGGGAGUUGAAGAUGAAAUUGCUGGCAGUUAAGGUAGUGCUGAAUGACGCUGAGGCCAAGCAAAUCACGAAUUCAGAUGUCAAAGAUUGGGUGGAUGAGCUGAAAGAUGCUGUGUAUGAUGCGGAGGACCUGCUGGACGAUAUCACCACUGAAGCUUUACGAUGCAAGAUGGAGUCUGAUUCUCAAACUCAGGUACAGAACAUCAUCUCCGGUGAGGGUAUCAUGUCCAGGGUAGAGAAGAUCACUGGCACACUAGAAAAUCUUGCAAAAGAAAAAGAUUUUCUCGGGUUGAAAGAAGGCGUUGGAGAAAAUUGGUCAAAAAGAUGGCCAACCACUUCCUUGGUAGAUAAGUCUGGGGUGUACGGUAGGGAUGGUGAUAGAGAGGAGAUAGUAAAAUAUUUGUUGUCCCAUAAUGCAAGUGGGAAUAAGAUAAGUGUGAUCGCGCUGGUGGGUAUGGGCGGUAUUGGGAAGACCACACUUGCUAAGCUGGUGUAUAAUGAUUGGAGGGUGGUGGAAUUUUUUGACCUUAAAGCAUGGGUUUGUGUUUCAAAUGAAUUUGAUCUUGUCAGGAUAACGAAAACCAUUCUUAAGGCAAUCGAUUCUGGGACUUCUGAUCACAAUGAUUUGAAUCUGCUUCAACAUAAAUUGGAGGAGAGACUUACCAGGAAGAAAUUCUUACUUGUCCUUGAUGAUGUUUGGAAUGAAGACUAUAAUGAUUGGGAUUCGCUACAAACUCCAUUCAAUGUUGGUCUAUAUGGAAGUAAAAUUGUUGUAACUACACGUAUCAAUAAGGUUGCAGCAGUCAUGCAUUCAGUUCAUACUCAUCAUUUGGCAAAGUUAUCCUCUGAAGAUUGCUGGUCCCUAUUUGCAAAACAUGCAUUUGAAAAUGGAAAUUCUAGUCCACAUCCAAAGCUAGAAGAAAUUGGCAAAGAGAUUGUAAAAAAGUGUGAUGGAUUGCCUUUAGCUGCAAAAACCCUUGGGGGUGCCUUAUACUCAGAGGUUCGAGUAAAAGAAUGGGAAAAUGUAUUGAACAGUGAAAUGUGGGAUUUACCAAAUAAUGCAGUUCUUCCUGCCUUAAUCUUGAGCUACUAUUAUCUUCCUUCACAUCUAAAACGAUGUUUUGCAUAUUGUUCUAUUUUUCCUAAAGACUACCAAAUUGAGAAGGAUAACUUGAUUUUAUUGUGGAUGGCAGAAGGGUUUUUGCAACAAUCAGAAAAAGGCAAGAAAACAAUGGAAGAGGUAGGUGAUGGGUACUUUUAUGACCUAUUAUCAAGGUCAUUUUUUCAAAAGUCCGGUAGCCACAAAUCUUAUUUUGUAAUGCAUGAUCUCAUCAAUGACUUGGCUCAACUUAUUUCUGGAAAAGUUUGUGUUCAGUUGAAUGAUGGUGAGAUGAAUGAAAUUCCUAAAAAGCUUCGCUACUUAUCAUAUUUUAGAAGUGAAUAUGACUCUUUUGAGAGAUUUGAGACCCUUAGUGAAGUUAAUGGUCUUCGAACCUUCUUACCAUUGAAUUUGGAGGUUUGGUCUCGCGAUGAUAAGGUUUCAAAGAAUAGAUAUCCAAGUGGUAGUAGGCUUGUUGUAGAGCUUCAUUUGAGUACUAGAGUUUGGAAUGAUUUAUUGAUGAAAGUUCAAUAUUUACGAGUGUUGUCAUUGUGUUACUAUGAGAUAACAGAUUUGUCAGAUUCAAUUGGUAAUUUAAAACACUUACGCUAUUUGGACCUUACCUACACACCCAUCAAAAGGUUACCCCAACCAAUUUGUAAUUUAUAUAAUUUACAAACAUUGAUAUUAUAUCAUUGUGAAUGGCUUGUUGAAUUGCCUAAAAUGAUGUGCAAACUGAUUAGCUUACGUCAUCUUGAUAUCAGGCAUAGCAGAGUGAAGAAGAUGCCAAGUCAAAUGGGUCAAUUAAAAAGUUUACAAAAAUUGAGUAACUAUGUUGUGGGCAAGCAAAGUGGGACAAGGGUUGGAGAGUUGAGGGAGCUUUCCCACAUUGGUGGGAGUCUUGUCAUUCAAGAGCUGCAGAAUGUAGUUGAUGCUAAGGAUGCCUUAGAGGCCAAUUUGGCAGGCAUGCGGUACCUGGAUGAGUUAGAGUUGGAAUGGGGUCGUGAUAGAGGUGAUGAGUUAGAGUUGGAAGGAAAUGAUGAUAGUAGUGAUGAGUUAGAGUUGGAAGGGAAUGGCGAUAGUGGUGAUGAGGAAGGGAAUGACGAUAGUAGUGAUAAGUUAGAGUUGGAAGGGAAUGGCGAUAGUGGUAAUGAGGAAGGGAAUGACGAUAGUAGUGAUGAGUUAGAGUUGGAAGGGAAUGAUGAUAGUGGUGAUGAGGAAGGGAAUGACGAUAGUAGUGAUGAGUUAGAGUUGGAACAGAAUGACGAUAGUGGUGUUGAACAAAAUGGAGCAGACAUAGUGCUCAACUACUUACAACCUCAUUCAAACUUAAAGAGACUCACUAUUCAUAUGUAUGGUGGUUCAAGAUUUCCAGAUUGGUUAGGAGGUCCUUCAAUUCUAAAUAUGGUGUCCCUACGUCUCUGGGGUUGUACCAAUGUGUCAGCCUUCCCACCGCUUGGGCAGUUACCCUCUCUUAAACAUUUACAUAUAUGGCGUUUGCAGGGGAUAGAAAGGGUGGGUGCAGAGUUUUAUGGGACUGAUUCUUCCUCAACUAAGCCCUCCUUUGUAUCCCUAAAAUCUCUAUCAUUUCAGGAUAUGCGAAAAUGGAAGGAAUGGUUGUGUUUGGGAGCCAAGGUGGAGAAUUCCCUCGUCUCAAGGAGCUUUAUAUAGAGAGGUGUCCCAAGCUAAUAGGAGCCUUACCAAACCAUCUGCCUUUGUUGACGAAACUAGAGAUUGUACAAUGUGAGCAGCUUGUGGCUCAACUUCCAAGAAUUCCAGCCAUCCGUGUAUUGACGACGCGCAGCUGUGACAUCUCACAGUGGAAGGAACUACCACCACUACUGCAGGAUCUCGAAAUUCAAAAUUCCGACUCUUUGGAGUCCCUACUGGAGGAGGGAAUGUUGCGAAGUAAUACUUGUCUUCGAGAGUUGACAAUCAGAAAUUGUUCUUUUUCCAGACCCUUGGGCAGAGUUUGUUUACCCAUUACUUUGAAAUCAUUGUAUAUAGAACUGUCUAAGAAACUUGAGUUUCUCUUACCUGAGUUCUUCCAAUGUUACCACCCUUUCCUUGAAUGGUUGUACAUCUCCAACGGUACUUGCAAUUCGUUCUUAUCCCUCCCACUUGGCAACUUCCCGAGGGGCGUCUAUCUCGGUAUCCACUAUCUCGAGGGGCUUGAAUUCCUCUCCAUUUCAAUGUCAGACGAGGAUCUUACAUCUUUCAAUCUGUUGUACAUCUGUGGGUGCCCUAAUCUUGUGUCUAUUUGUUGCAAGAAUCUCAAAGCUGCAUGCUUUCAAUCGUUGACAUUACAUGAUUGCCCGAAAUUGAUAUUCCCAAUGCAGGGUCUUCCCUCCAGCUUAACUUCACUCACAAUUACAAACUGCAACAAACUCACAUCCCAAGUGGAGUUGGGUCUACAGGGACUUCACUCUCUUACCUCUCUCAAAAUCUCAGAUCUUCCAAAUCUCAGGUCUCUUGAUAGUUUGGAGCUUCAACUGCUCACCUCUCUUCAAAAAUUACAGAUCUGUAACUGCCCCAAGCUCCAAUCCUUGACAGAAGAGCAGCUGCCCACCAACCUUUAUGUUCUAACAAUCCAGAACUGCCCAUUGCUAAAAGAUAGGUGCAAGUUUUGGACGGGGGAAGAUUGGCAUCAUAUAGCUCACAUUCCACACAUUGUGAUCGAUGACCAAGUUUUGUAAUGAAGGUGGCAUUACACCAAUUUAUAGUCAGGUCAUCUGUGAUGCUUCACUCUGGCUCUGAUCAACAUAUCUUCAUAAGGAAUCCUUAAUGACUCCCUUGCUUAAUUGGUGCCUUGUCAAAUGCUUUAGAUUUCAUUUAGAGUGAAUUGUUGCUUAAAAGCCAAGCAGCUCUGCAGGCCUUCGAUCCUCGUUCUCUCAACAAAUUCUAGCUGUCUAGCAAUGAUUUCCAAUGGGACCAUUCUUUUGUUCUGAGUUGAGAUUCAUGACUCUGUUUUUGGACGAUUUUUUGCAUCCAAAGACCCAUGAGUUGAUACUCUGCUGGAGGAACAACGGAAGCUCAAGUCUGUUGGAGAGUGGAGUAUGCAGCAGGCUCUAUGAUUCCAAUUAGUUCUUUGAGGCUGCAUCUGCAUUGAUAUCUUAGUUCUUCUCUAAAAACAACAGAUGUUCAAUUUAGGCAACUCAAACUCAAAAUCUUCAUCUUCUGGCAUGCCAUCUCCUUCUCAUUUACAUGAUUGUCAUCCACCUUUGAGCUUUACUUUGUUAAUGGUGGAGUGGGACCUGCAAGGACUGGCCUCUCUUCCCUCUCUCAAAAUCUCAGGUCUUCCAAAUCUCAGGUCCCUGAAUAGUUUGGGGCUUCAACUGCUCACCUCUUUCCAAAAAUUAGAGAUCCAUGACUGCCCCAAGCUCCAAUCCUUGAAGGAAGAGCUGCUGCCCACCUCCCUUUCUGUUCUAACAAUCCAGAACUGCCCAUUGCUGAAAGGUCAGUGCAAGUUUUGGACAGGGGAAGAUUGGCAUCAUAUAGCACACAUUCCAUAUGUUGUGACCAAUGACCAAGUUCAGUAAUGAAGGUUAUUAGUGAUUCUUCACUCUUGUAAAUUGAUGCUUCAUAUCCUCAUAAGGAAUCUUCUUUUAAUCAAUAAUGCCUUGUCAAAUGCUUCAGUUCAGAUUUCAUCCAGAGUCGAUUGAUGCUAACUUAAAAGCCGAGCAGCUCUGCAGGUCUGAUUUAGUAACUUGCAUUUCUUGUAUAAUUUUAUGGACCUUGGAUUCGUUUUCAUUGGCUAAUUCACUGAAACUCAUGGAAGGCCUUUGAUCCUAGUUUUCUCAAUAAAUUCAAGCUAUCUAGCAACAAUCCUUCCAAUGGGACCACUUCUUAUUGUGAGUUCAAAGACUCCCUUUCUGGAAGAUUGUAGCAGAUAUUUUUUAGCAUCCAAAGGCUCAUGAUUGGUGCUCUGCUUGAGGAACUAGAGAAAGCUCAACUCUGUUGGAGAGUGGAGUAUGCAGCAUGCUCUAUGAUUCCAAUUAGUAAGACAUUUCAAUUGCUUUAUUUCUCAGGUUCUCUGUGUUAAUAUCUGGGUUCUUCUCUAGAAACAACAGGUAUGUUUCUUCUGAUUCAUACUUUCAAUAAGCUAACACAUUGUGGAGUUCCAUCAUUUUCAAGACACAAUAAACCAAAUUGUAAAGUCAACUCAAGCUAAAAUAAAACUCUUACUACCUGAGGUUCUGCCCUUAAUAAUUUUAUUCACCAUGUUCGUAUGACAUCUGAGCAAUGUAGAUGUUAACAUUUUCCUUAGUGCAUGUAAUCAUUGUUUUCAUCUCUUUCAGCUUUAAUUAAUCUGUAGAUGUUCAGUUUAGACACCUCAAACUCAAAAUCUUCAGCUUCUGGCAGGCCACCACUUCCUAGUCUUUGCUCAUUUCCUUCCCAUUUAAUUACUGUCAUUAACCUUUGAUUUUUUUACGUCACUAAUAGGAAAAGAAUCAUAAUUGUACUACAUUAGUUGAGCAUGGAUGCUACCGUUUAAUUUCCAUAUUCAAGCUUUUCUUGUACUUACAAACAAUAAUGUGAGCUCUGAAUUUUCUUCUUUUAAAUUUGUGAUUCUGAGGCAGAUACUUGGAGAAGAGAGAAGCCAAACCACAUUCAAAGUCAUAGCAAUGCUACUCAACUAAAUUCUAUAUAUUGGAGCACGAUUUGAGCUUUUCUUCCUUACUCAAGUAUAGUGCUAUAAAAUUUUCAGAGUCUAAAAAGUAUUUAUAACCCCCUAUGAAUUUGAAUGUCAGAUUCAACUGAUUGUCAUGUAACCAUUUUUAUUUUCAGACGGUAGCAUUUUGAAUCCUUGGAACAGUUGCAGGAGGAAGCUUCGCCAAAGCCUCCCUAUGCAAUACAUGGGCCUUUGGUUGCAAAUGAGAUUUGAGGAUUCUAUUUUCUCUUAGAAGACUUCAACUCUUUUUUUUUUUGAGUUUUUAGCUUUGAGCUUUUACUUCCAAGUCUGCAAAGAAGAAAGAAAGCAACAACAAAGAUCCAUUUAUAGAAGUUUUAUAUAGAGUGAGACUCCCAUGAAAAAUAUUGUAGCUAUUGGUUUGUCCGCCUUGAAGGUUAUAGUUUUGUUUCCCGUUGGAUCUUUGAGGAAUGUGUCUGUUGAAUCAUAUAUUUUGAACUUACUAUUGACUUUGUGUAUAUACAUACAUGUAAAUGAUGUUUUCUUUUUCAUUCAUGUGGAAUUUGAUUCU